UGACACCAGAGUGAGACACAAUCAUACUGGAACGGGAUAUUUCGGGCGGGAAAGUUGCAUAUAUAACGCACACACAGCUGCUAAUUCUAUUCACCAAAUAGCCAACUACAUUACCCACAAUGCUAUGCCUCAUCUGGACGACUUUGUGGCACGUUUAUUGUUGUUGUUAUUUAUAAAUUAAAACACAUACACUAUUAACUUUCAUUAAAUUUCAGGUUACAUAAAUGUUAUUUUCGGAGGAUGAAUAAGUUAUUUAUUUUAACAUAUGAAACAGGAAGACGUUUCGCUUUCAGCCAAUGACAAAACAGCUUGUUGAGACGUCGGAACCCCGAGCGAUGGAAAAAGGACACAAGCGUCUUAUAAUCCGAAAAAAAAAACUGUGUUUUGUUAUUUGUCUACAAAGGCAAAAUAAGUGACCUGUUCAAAACACCACCGCAUGUUUAUUCUCUUCAAAGUGGAAUCUUUGUGUUGGAAACCCUAAACAUGAAGAAGAGAGUCAAUGCACCUCAGCAGACAAAAGUGAAAGAAAUCAGCAGCAAAGAAACAGCAUCUGAUGCCAGCCGCGAUGCGGACGUGGCCAUUAAAGAUUCCUCACAGGAAAAGAGGCAUCUGAUAAUAUCCCAAACUGAUGGCUGUUUCUUGAAGUUCUUGAACGAAGACCGGCAGAAGCUGCCAUCGUUCUGUGACAUAACUGUCACGGUCUGUGGCCAGAUGUAUCGUGCCCACAAGGUGGUUUUGGCUUUUGGCAGUGGCUAUUUUCAUGCCAAAUUCAGCGAAAGCGCUGAACUGCACCAUGUUACCAUUGAUAACAUCGAGGUCUCCAUCUUUGGACAUUUGCUCAACUUCCUGUACACGUCUGAAUUUGAUGUUUCAGAAAGCCAGAUUCCUGCUUUGGCCGAGGCUGCCUGUUUUCUGGAGAUGAUGGAAGCUGUAAAUCUUUUAGCGAAGCGGGCGACACCAGCUCAUGUUGAUGAAGAAAGUGAUGUUCAGCAGGUUCCACUGGAGACUCCAGAUGUCCAGGCUUCAGCAGGAGCUCAAUGCUCUUUUUGCAGUCGUACCUUCUGCUACAAGAAGUCUCUGGAGAAUCACCUGGCUAAGUCGCACAGCGCUGGCUGCCAAGUUGAGGACGAGCAAAACAUGGCAAGCACAUCUGCGGUCACUACCCGCAGAUCGGCCCGUCAGAGGAGGACCCCUGCUAAAUUCGAGAGCGAAAAUGGCCAGGUCCUGGCUGGAAAAUCUGGUCAAAAAACUCCAACGCAUGAUGCCGAGGAGGAGGAAAGUGAGGAAGAGCUACAGUAUGAGCAAAGUAGUAAAGAGGGGCGAGAAGAAACGGUCGAGGAGGCAGAAUGUGAAGAUAGUGAGAAGCAAGAGGAGGAACAUGAGGCUGUAGAGCAGGCUGAAGCCCAGAAGCAGGCCGAACCGACAUCCAGCCAUGCUGUUGAGGAGCACAGCCAAGCCACGGAGCUCACCGCUCACGUGUUUCCUGAAGGACUGGCUCCCGUUAUGAUCCAGAGCUCUAACAAGAAGACUCUCAAGUGUCCCAAAUGUGACAAGACCUUUGAUCGCAUAGGUAAAUAUGAGAGUCACACCAGAGUACACACGGGAGAAAAACCUUUCCAGUGUGACAUCUGUUUCCAGUGCUACUCCACCAAAUCAAACCUCACUGUGCACAAGAAGAAACAUGACAGUGAUUCGCCCGUGCAGAGGAAAGAGCACAAGUGUCCCUUCUGCAACAAGCUUCAUGCCAGCAAGAAGACUCUCAGCAGACAUGUCAAGAGAUUUCAUCCCGACCACCUCCAGGAGUUUCUCACUCAGAAGAAGAAGAAGAGUGAAGGCUGGAAAUGUGACAUCUGUCACAAGUCCUUCAGUCGUCGCCCCCAUCUGGAGGAGCACAUGAUCUUACAUUCACAGGACAAGCCCUUCAAGUGUGCCUACUGUGACGACUACUUUAAGUCACGAUUUGCCCGGUUGAAGCACCAAGAAAAAUUCCAUUUAGGACCCUUCCCUUGUGACAUCUGUGGUCGUCAGUUUAAUGACACGGGCAACCGCAAACGUCACAUAGAGUGCACACACGGGGGGAAGAGGAAAUGGACCUGCUCUCUGUGCGGCAAAUCAGUUCGAGAGAGGACAACCCUCAGGGAGCAUCUGAGGAUCCAUAGUGGGGAGAAACCUCACUUGUGCAGCAUCUGCGGACAAAGUUUCCGUCACGGAAGCUCCUACAGGCUUCACCUUCGCGUUCAUCAUGAGGACAAGCGCUAUGAAUGUGACGAAUGUGGCAAAACGUUCAUCCGCCACGAUCAUCUAAAGAAACACAAAAAAAUUCACACAGGGGAGAGAGCACACCAGUGUGAAGAGUGUGGAAAAUGCUUCCGACGUGCUGAUCACCUGACUGUCCAUUAUAAAAGCAUUCAUCUGGGAGAGAAGAUCUGGCGAAGGUACAAAGCAGUGGUGCAUCAGUGUCAGGUGUGCAAGAAAGAGUUCAGGGGGAAGACCAACCUCAUGUCGCAUUUCAGAACACAUUCAGGUGAGAAACCCCACCGGUGUGUGAUCUGCAACCAGACCUUCCGCAUCAAGAAGACUUUGACCAAGCACAUGGUCAUUCACUCAGAUGUACGUCCUUUCAACUGCCCGCACUGCAGCGCUACCUUCAAGCGUAAGGACAAGCUCAAGUAUCACGUGGACCAUGUGCACAGCGGCCGCCCGCUCGAGCAGCACCAGCCGAACCUGCCUGCGGCCCCCGCUAGCAAGCUCACCGAGCCGCUGCUGUCAAACGAAACGCCCAAACCGUACCACAACACACCUAAGACUGUGCUGCAGAGUGUGGCGGCUGACGUUUGCGUCCCUGUGACGCUCGUCCCCGUCCAGAUGACUGAGGAAAGCGGUCUUGCUGUGCACAGGACGCCACAUGGGGUCCUUCCAGCUGUGAGCCAGCAACAACAGACAGGCUACCAGUCCGCCACUGACCUAGUGUUCUUAGAAAAGUACACGCUCACGCCUCAGCCGACCAACAUCGUGCACCCGGUGCGGCCCGACCAGAUGCUGGACCCUCGAGAGCAGUCUUACUUAGGAACGCUACUGGGACUGGACUCGACUACAUCUGUGCAAAACAUGUCUAGUGCUGAACAUACUCAUUAAUUCAAAGCACAUCAAUGCUAUUAUGUACAAGCAUGCGUCUGUGUUUGUCACAUGAAUACAUUUUGGUCAUUAGUCUCUUUGUGCUGUUCUUAAAGGGUUAGUUCACCCAAAAAUGAAAAUUCUGUCAUUAAUUACUCACCCCCGUGUUGUUCUA